AUGAAUACAACCGGCGGGCUUUGUUGCGUCAGCUCAUCGACAUGCAAUACGAGCGCAACGACACGGAUUUUGGCUCGCGGUCGAUUCACCGUCAGGGGGGACACCCUGGAGAUUGUGCCGGCAUACGAGGAGUUCGUGGUUCGCAUCCAGUUUUUUGGUGAUGAAGUUGAACGCAUCCUGACGUUGGAUGGUUUGACCGGCGAAGUGCUCAACGAGCGUUCGGAAAUCGCCAUAUACCCAGCCAAGCAUUUCGUCACGAGCCGCGAAAAACUGGACGCGGCAUUAAUCGAUAUCGAAGCCGAAAUGCACGAGCAGGUGGAUUGGUUCCGACAACUUGGCAAGCCGCUGGAAGCGCAACGCCUGGAGCAGCGUACCCGCUACGACAUGGAGAUGCUGGACGAAACCGGUUUUUGCGCCGGGGUGGAAAACUACGCACGACAUUUGUCGCGCCGACCGUCGGGCAGCGCUCCAUGGACGUUGCUGGACUAUUUCCCCGACGACUUUCUCAUGUUCGUUGACGAAUCACACAUGACGCUUCCUCAAGUCCGGGGGAUGUAUAACGGCGACAUCGCGCGCAAGAAAACCCUGGUCGAAUUCGGUUUCCGCCUGCCGUCGGCGCUGGACAACCGACCGCUGCAUUUCCAGGAAUUUGAAGAGCACAUCAAUCAGGUAGUUUUCGUUUCCGCGACGCCGGGACCGGUGGAGAUGCAAAAAUCCAGCCUCGUCGUAGAACAGGUGAUUCGUCCCACGGGUUUGCUGGACCCCACCAUCGAAGUUAAACCCACCACCGGGCAGAUCGACGACCUGCUGCACGAGAUUCGUCAACGUAUCGAACAACAGGAAAGGGUGCUCGUCACCACGCUAACCAAACGGAUGGCUGAGGAGUUGGCGGAUUACCUGUCAGAAAUGGGCGUCCGCAACCACUACCUGCAUUCCGAUAUUGAAACGCUCAACCGGGUUGAGAUCCUGCGCGAUCUGCGGCUUGGUGUGUUCGACGUCGUCGUCGGCAUCAAUCUGCUGCGGGAGGGCCUUGACCUUCCUGAGGUCAGCCUGGUAGUGAUAUUGGACGCGGACAAAGAAGGGUAUUUGCGUUCCGAAACCUCGCUGAUACAAACCGUUGGACGAGCGGCGCGGCACUCGGCGGGCCAUGUCAUCAUGUAUGCCGACCGAACUACCGAUUCCAUGCGAAAAGCCAUCGACGAAACAUACCGGCGACGCGAGAUUCAACACUCCCAUAACCUGCAAAACGGCAUCGAACCGCAAUCCAUCCACAAGGCCGUGAAAGACAUUACCGAAGGUUUGCGGCGGGUGGCCGAGACAAAGGCGGCCUACCGAGUCGCCCGCGAAGAGAUGUCCCGCGACGAUAUGUACCGAGUGGUAAAAGAUCUCGAGUUUCAGAUGAAAGACGCGGCGCGCUCAUUGGAGUUUGAGAAGGCAGCCCACCUUCGCGACGAAAUGCUCGAAUUGAAAAAACUGCUCAUCACCGAAGAAAAAAUGAUGGCCGUCAGCUAG